AAUAUAGCUUAGGCUCAUACUGCUUGAUUAAGUUAAGUCUAUCCGUACAGUACGCAUCGUGCGCUGUGUUUACUAAGUGCAAUUAAAAAUUUUGUUCAAUUAGAUAGAUAGAUAUCUUUUAAUUAGUAAAAAAAAUGUAUAAAGAUAUCUUUGAAUGAAUUUCAGGAAAACUUGCCAAAGAAAAGUUAGAUUUGUUCUAAAGAGGAAUUAUUGAAAACAAAAAACGAUAAUUAAUCAUGGAUCCUAUAGGAGCUAGCUGUCUUAGUUUAUUCAAGCCCGAAAAGAAAUACUCUAGUGAUGCAGCUGAAGCUAGAUUCGAAGGUACACGGGAUGCUGGCAUUAGGGAAAUGAUAGCCAGCUGUAAAUCUUUAACAAAAUACGAAGCAAGAACAUUUAAAAGUCUUCUACCACAAAUUUUGGCAUCUCUUUUAGCUGCAAGUUUUCACAUUGGAAAUGGCAUUUCCCUAGCCUACUCUGCAGUUCUAAUUUCACAAUUGCAAUACGAGGAAAGCGAGUUUAAACCAACAAAAACUGAAAAUUCUUGGAUGGCCAGUGUUCUGAUAGUAAUUAUACCACCGGCAUCCAUUGUAAGUGGCCUGAUUAUGGAUAACUUGGGCAGAUUAAAUUGUAUCAAAAUAGCGGGUAUUCCAGGUGUAAUAGGGUGGUCUAUGAUAGCCCUAGCACAAAAUGUCCCUAUCAUUAUUUUUGGGAGAUUAUUAGUUGGUAUUUCUUCAGCGUGGGGUACAAGCCCCGGUAUAGUCUACAUCACCGAAAUAGCAAGUUCGAACUUGAGAAUGUCUCUGAUGGCUAUAGCACCCACUUACGUAUCACUAGGUAUGGUACUAACGUACCUCGGAGGAUGGUACCUACACUGGAGACACCUAGCAUGGAUCUGUAACAUCUUUAUAAUAGUUCCCUGUUUGGUUUGCAUGGUCCUGCAUGAAAGCCCUUCGUGGUUAAUUUUAAAGGGCAAGUACGACCAAGCCAAAAAAAGCCUGGAGUGGAUCCACAAAUACCAGAAACCUGUCGAUGAACAAGUGUCGUUUGCUGAACUUCAAUAUAAGGUUCUUCAAGAAGAACAACAAAAGAAGAAAGAUGAAGCCAAAAAACAUGUAGGCAAAGGAUUGAAGUUUAUAAUCCAGCAGUUUGGGAAACCUACAGGCUGGAAACCUCUGGUUAUACUGACGGGAUUGUUCUUUUUUCAGAAUUUUUCUGGGAUUUAUAUUACCAUGUUUUACAGUAUUAGUUUCAUAGAAGAAGCCCAUACGAACAUAAAUCCAUAUUUAGCUUCGAUUUUGAUCGGUGCAGUCCGUUUAGUCAUGUCCAUCGCCAGUAUUUAUAUUUUAAAAAAGUUCAGAAGAAGGUCGCUGAUUUUUGCUAGUACCAUUUUAAUGGCUAUAUUUAUGUUUAUAGCGGGAACGUGGACAAGAUGGAUAAAAGAAGGCACAACAGAAUUGUUAUGGGUACCGGUUAUAGCACUGUUAUUCUAUGUAGUUGCAAGUACUAUAGGACUGCUCCCCAUACCGACUAUGCUAAUCGCUGAAUUUUUCCCAUUGGAAAUCAGAGGAAUUGGAUACUCUAUUAGUUACAGUAUUUUUUGUAUACUCAUGUUUAUAGCUCUACAGACUUACUACACCAUGAGCGACUUUUUCGGUGGGGCUAGCAAUUUACAGUUAUUUUUUGGAGCUAUCUGCGUGGGCGGUUGCAUAUAUUCGUACUGUUUUUUGCCGGAAACUUUCGGCAUGAAAUUAAUAGAUAUCACCGAUUAUUUUAAAACAAAGUUUAUUUAUAUUGGACAUUCUGAAAAGGGAAUAAAUCAGGAAGAAAAUACUGUACGCGAUCCGAUGUUGGAUGGCAAUGGAAACAGUGAUAAACGUGAAAACGUAUAGAGUUAGUUUGUUAAACAGAAAAAACUAUUUUUAAGUUAUUUUUGUAUUAAGACAAUAAUGUUCCUUUUGUUUGUACUUAAGCUGACUUGAUUUAAGUAAGAAAGUUGAUUAAAUAUAUAUUUCUGUAUAAAAUAAAAA